AUGCCACUCUAUGCCAAGUUCCUGAAGGAGCUGAUGACUAAGAAGAGAAGCUGGAAGAACAGUGAGACUGUGAUACUAACCGAAGAAUGUAGUGCUAUCAUCCAGCACAAACUACCCCAGAAGUUGAAGGAUCCAGGGAGCUUUCAGAUCCUUUAUAUUAUAGGGAAAAUCACAGUAGAGAAGGCCCUUUGUGACUUAGGAGCCAGCAUCAAUUUGAUGUCAGUAGCAAUGAUGAGGAAGAUGAAGAUCGAGGAGGCUAAACCAACAAAAAUGGCCUUACAACUGGCAGACCGAUCGUUCAAGUUCCCUCAUGGCAUAGUAGAGGAUUUGUUGGUGAAAGUAUGA